AUGGCGGUGCAGGUAGAGUGUGUCUGCCUGGAGAGUUUCCCCUCUCACCUGAGUCCCCUGGACGGGUUGAUGCUAACUUGCCACCUGGAUUCAGUGUUCCGGGACGACACCGACCCACCGGUGUUACUCUUCACUCCUCACCGGCCUCAGGGCUCCGGUAAGCCGGGCAUUUUACUGCGUGUUCACCCGACCACAGAGGAGACUGUGGGCUGCAGGGCAGUGAACUCCCCCCGGGCAGAGUUCACCGGGAGCCGGGUCCGGCUCUUCACCAGCCGACUCUUCCUGCGGCUCCACGGGCUCCAGCAGCGGCCCGUGAGCACGGGGACAGUCCGGGCGUUGGAGCCUGUCAGUCUGGACAGAGUGGUGCUGGGAGCCCGGAGCAGACAGAGCCUCCGCUGGGCAGGAGCAGAGCGGUUCACCGCGAGGCUGCUGGAGGUCUGCCGCCCGGGACAGUGGCUGCUGGCCCGGCAGGGAGACCCGCUGCUGCUGCCCGGACACCCGCCACCGGGAGAGGACCCGGGACAGGUGAGACUUAGGGCGGCGGGUCAUGGGUCUCUGCUUUACCAUCUACUUCAAUACUGAAACUGCAUGUCAAGAGUUACUACACCUGUCUUUAGUUUCAGUCUGUUUUUUUUUCACCUCCAACUGAGUGACAGUGGAGCUCCAUGUUUACCUGAGACAGUUCAGGGUCUGUUCAGGGAAAGUUCUAGUUUAAAUUUGUUUUAAUGGUUGUAACUAGAGAUGCACUGAUCCAUUUUCUUCUGAUAUGAUAUCUAGGCUGAGCGUAUCGGCCGAUAUCCGAAACCGAUCAAAUACUACUGUUGAAUGAAUGAACUGUAUACCUGUGAGUGAAGGCAUCAGGUCAGACAUUAGCCUUGUAAAAAAAAAAAACUAACAAGUGAACACAGAUAUGAAUUUACUUAAUAUUAUUAAUUAACAGAUAACAAUAUGCACAUGAGCACAGAGCAAAAAGAAGUAAGACUUCCAAGUAUUAAAAGAAAAAAAGACGCUGGAUCGUCAUUCAUCCGAUAUCUGAUCCAGUUAAUUUGUCAAUAUCGGCGUCGAUAUCUGAUCCAAAUAUUGGAUCGUGCAUCCCUAGUUAUAACACAUGUUUAGGUAAACAUCGAGGCUGUAAAGAGGGUUAAAAUGAGUAUUAUUAUAACUUUAAAAGGUGGUAAAUGUCAUAUUUCAUAAACAAGUCUGAAGUCAAACGUUAACUCUGAUUUCGUCUCCGUGUUUUCACACUGACUCACUGUUCUUCUCGUACCUCCUGAGUUCAGGUGAAGCAGCAUCUGAUGGAUCUGCUCGUCCUGGACUGCAGUCCUGUCACUCAGGGGCGGAUCACAGCUGACACCUCUCUGGUUCUGACAGAGUGCUGGGACUCAGCGGACCCCCCAGGCCCCCCAGGCCCCUCCUGCAGGCCCCUCAGACUGUGUGUGUCAGACUUCGCUCAUUACGCUGACGGCCUCGGAGGGGGGCGCUCUCUGCUGGACAACAAGAAGCUGCUGGACUCCGGGUUCUCUGGUGUCCUCCAGGCUCUUGAGUGCAGGCUGGACGUUCAGGUGGUGGACACCUGGCAAUGGUCUGGGGUCAGAGGUCAACAGGGGACGGUGGUAGAUGUGGACAGCUGUGUGUUUGUGAGUAAGCAGCUCCUCCUCAGACUAGGACUCUUUAACCAGGAGUGGGUGAAACUGUCGAGGCAGGGCGGGGCUUCCAGGCCGCCGCAGGGUCAGACUGAAGUGAGGGUGGGCGGGGCCAGAGAGCGGCUGGUCUCUGUUGUGGUUUUUGAUCCCUCUCAGAGUCCAGACUUGCAGAACCAUGACGAAGUCGGUUUCAUUUCAGAGACUUUGUGGUUUAACAUGACGGAAGGAGACGAGAUCCCCGUGAUCAGCUGCACACUGAGGAUGAAGGUACUACACACACACACACACAACAUACACACAACACACACUAAAAACACACACCCAGCAGGAACGUCUGUUCAGAGUCCUGUCGGAGUCCCACGAUGACGAAGAAUAAAUGUUCCACCGAAGUUAAAGACCAUUGAGAGGGCCGAGUUCAGACCCCUGAGGGACGCCGUUUUCUUUCUUUCCUUUAAACCGUCUCAAACAGAAUAAGGUUAGUCGUUUCCCACCAUGGCCUGUUGUUUAUUUUAUUUCAGAGGUGGAGACCAUCUGAUCCGGACCGGUGCGGCCCGAGCUCUGACAGUUUCUGUCGCUCAGCGUCUCCUCCGUUUGCCAGCGAGCUUCACAUCCAGCCUGUCGUUUCUCCGCUGUACAACACCCUGAGCUGCUCGGACCACCUGCUGUCUGAACACUUCAGCUCACCCAGGUAGAGAUGAAACCUUCACAGUGUCGCACAAAUACUUUACACUCAAUGACCUGAACAUGAGAAUCUACAGGAGGUCCCUGAAACCUUCACUGCCCUCAUGUUUGGUUCUCAGUAUUUUGCAUCAUCAGUAUUUUGCAUCAUGGGGCUUUGCUCUGUAGAGUUAAUCGUAUGUCUCCACUGUGAACAACCUACAGAUUAACAAGCCGGCCUGAAUCGUUGCGUGUUGUCAGUGUCUUUAAAAUGAAAGUUUAGAUGCUCCCAGUCUGACCAGUAUGAUCCCUCUGUAUAGGCUGGUGUCUGAGGGAGACAUCCUGACUGUUCCAGCUGAGAAACAUCCAGACCUGCUGCAGAACAACUCAGAGGGAAUCCACAGGCAUGUUGAGUUCUUUAAUAGGAGUUUCUGUCUGUCUGUCAGUCACGCUGGUUUGCUGUCUCCUCUCUGUUCAUGUUGUCUGAAGACACGUGACCAAAAACACGCAUGUCUGCGGCGCUGCGCUAAAGACGAGUUUCAGUCGCUCCUGAAAACAACAUGAACGUCUUAAAAUAAGUGUUUAUAUCUGAGGCGGCAGAAUAACUACGCUCUCUUUUGACUGUAGUUGUCUGUGUGACCUUUGACCUCUGUCAGGUGUCCAGUGCUGUUCUUCAAAGUGCAGAAGGUGUGUCCACCUGCUGAGGGAGGGGGAGGAGCUUACCUGGCUGACAGACGGCACACCUCACUCUUCAUGGUGACCAGAAACGGCUGUUACUCUUCACAGACACCAAACCCCAUUCAAAAAAACACGAAUUUAACCUGAUAAAGCAGGUUCAGUUUAAUCCUCACAGCUGUGAGACUUAAACCCUCGACUGUUAAAGGCGUGUCUCCUUCUCAUUUCUAAUUCAGAAACGUCCUGACGAUGUUAUUUUGCGUCUCCUCCUGUAGGGGGCGUCCACCAGCAGCAGGGUCCCCGGGGGCGGUGUUCAGGAAGCGUCCGUGUUCAGCUCUCUGUCCCCGCCUGGCCUCAGCAGAACGGUGGAGGUCCUCAGCAGCAUCAUCCGUCCUCACCUGCACCACAGGUAACCCCACCUGUCCCCCCCGACCAUAGAGAGUAGCACCGUGUGGUCAUGUGACCAGUGAUGUCAUCACUCUUUGCCCUGUCAGCAGCUCUCUGUCAGGCUGCACCGUCCUCCUCCACGGUCAGGCAGGAAGUGGGAAAGUGACGGCGGUGAGAGCGGCGAGUCGGAGACUGAACCUGCACCUGCUGAAGGUACCAGGGAGGAGCUGAGAGACACCAGCACCUCCUCACUCCACCCUUCACCUCCUCACUCCAUCCUUCACCUCCUCACUCCUCCAUCCAUCCUUCACCUCCUCCAUCCAUCCUUCACCUCCUCCAUCCAUCCCUCACCUCCUCACUCCAUCCUUCACCUCCUCCAUCCAUCCUUCACCUCCUCUCUCCAUCCUUCACCUCCUCCAUCCAUCCUUCACCUCCUCCAUCCAUCCUUCACCUCCUCUCUCCAUCCUUCACCUCCUCACUCCUCCAUCCAUCCUUCACCUCCUCCAUCCAUCCUUCACCUCCUCACUCCUCCAUCCAUCCUUCACCUCCUCUGUCCAUCCUUCACCUCCUUACUCCAUCCUUCACCUCCUCCAUCCAUCCUUGACCUCCUCACUCCAUCCUUUACCUCCUCUGUCCAUCCUUCACCUCCUCCAUCCAUCCUUCACCUCCUCCAUCCAUCCUUCACCUCCUCCAUCCAUCCUUCACCUCCUCACUCCAUCCUUCACCUCCUCCAUCCAUCCUUCACCUCCUCACUCCAUCCUUGACCUCCUCACUCCUCCAUCCAUCCUUCACCUCCUCCAUCCAUCCUUCACCUCCUCACUCCAUCCUUCACCUCCUCUGUCCAUCCUUCACCUCCUCUGUCCAUCCUUCACCUCCUCCAUCCAUCCUUCACCUCCUCACUCCUCCAUCCAUCCUUCACCUCCUCACUCCUCCAUCCAUCCUUCACCUCCUCCAUCCAUCCUUCACCUCCUCACUCCAUCCUUCACCUCCUCACUCCAUCUUUCACCUCCUCCAUCCAUCCUUCACCUCCUCACUCCAUCCUUCACCUCCUCCAUCCAUCCUUCACCUCCUCACUCCAUCCUUGACCUCCUCACUCCUCCAUCCAUCCUUCACCUCCUCCAUCCAUCCUUCACCUCCUCACUCCAUCCUUCACCUCCUCACUCCAUCUUUCACCUCCUCCAUCCAUCCUUCACCUCCUCACUCCUCCAUCCAUCCUUCACCUCCUCCAUCCAUCCUUCACCUCCUCACUCCAUCUUUCACCUCCUCCAUCCAUCCUUCACCUCCUCACUCCUCCAUCCAUCCUUCACCUCCUCACUCCAACCUCCCCAUCCUCACUCCAUCUUUCACCUCCUCCAUCCAUCCUUCACCUCCUCACUCCUCCAUCCAUCCUUCACCUCCUCCAUCCAUCCUUCACCUCCUCACUCCAUCCUUCACCUCCUCACUCCUCCAUCCAUCCUUCACCUCCUCCAUCCAUCCUUCACCUCCUCCAUCCAUCCUUCACCUCCUCCAUCCAUCCUUCACCUCCUCCAUCCAUCCUUCACCUCCUCACUCCUCCAUCCAUCCUUCACCUCCUCACUCCAUCCUUCACCUCCUCCAUCCAUCCUUCACCUCCUCACUCCAUCCUUCACCUCCUCCAUCCAUCCUUCACCUCCUCCAUCCAUCCUUCACCUCCUCACUCCAUCCUUCACCUCCUCCAUCCAUCCUCCAUCUCCUCCUCUCCUCCUCACUCCAUCCUUCACCUCCACUCCUCCUCACCUCCUCCAUCCAUCCAUCCUCACCUCCUCACUCCAUCCUUCACCUCCUCCAUCCAUCCUUCACCUCCUCCAUCCAUCCUUCACCUCCUCACUCCUCCAUCCAUCCUUCACCUCCUCCAUCCAUCCUUCACCUCCUCACUCCAUCCUUCACCUCCUCUGUCCAUCCUUCACCUCCUCACUCCAUCCUUCACCUCCUCCAUCCAUCCUUCACCUCCUCACUCCAUCCUUCACCUCCUCACUCCUCCAUCCAUCCUUCACCUCCUCCAUCCAUCCUUCACCUCCUCACUCCAUCCUUCACCUCCUCACUCCAUCCUUCACCUCCUCCAUCCAUCCUUCACCUCCUCACUCCAUCCUUCACCUCCUCCUCAUCCUUCACCUCCUCACUCCAUCCUUACCUCCUCCUCCCUCCAUCCAUCCUUCACCUCCUCUCCAUCCUUCACCUCCUCCAUCCAUCCUUCACCUCCUCAUCCAUCCUUCACCUCCUCACUCCUCCAUCCAUCCUUCACCUCCUCCAUCCAUCCUUCACCUCCUCACUCCAUCUUUCACCUCCUCCAUCCAUCCUUCACCUCCUCACUCCUCCAUCCAUCCUUCACCUCCUCACUCCAUCCUUCACCUCCUCACUCCUCCAUCCAUCCUUGACCUCCUCCAUCCAUCCUUCACCUCCUCACUCCUCCAUCCAUCCUUCACCUCCUCACUCCAUCCUUCACCUCCUCCAUCCAUCCUUCACCUCCUCACUCCAUCCUUCACCUCCCUCCAUCCAUCCUUCACCUCCUCCAUCCAUCCUUCACCUCCUCACUCCUCCAUCCAUCCUUCACCUCCUCACUCCAUCCUUCACCUCCUCCAUCCAUCCUUCACCUCCUCACUCCAUCCUUCACCUCCUCCAUCCAUCCUUCACCUCCUCCAUCCAUCCUUCACCUCCUCACUCCAUCCUUCACCUCCUAUCUCCUCCAUCCAUCCUUCACCUCCUCACUCCUCCAUCCUUCACCUCCUCACUCCAUCCUUCACCUCCUAUCUCCUCCAACCAUCCUUCACCUCCUCACUCCAUCCUUCACCUCCUAUCUCCUCCAUCCAUCCUUCACCUCCUCCAUCCAUCCUUUACCUCCUACUCCUCCAUCCAUCCUUCACCUCCUCACUCCAUCCUUCACCUCCUCACUCCUCCAUCCAUCCUUCACCUCCUCACUCCAUCCUUCACCUCCUCACUCCAUCCUUCACCUCCUCACUCCUCCAUCCAUCCUUCACCUCCUCACUCCAUCCUUCACCUCCUCCAUCCAUCCUUCACCUCCUCACUCCAUCCUUCACCUCCUCACUCCAUCCUUCACCUCCUCCAUCCAUCCUUCACUCCUCCAUCCACUCCUCCAUCCAUCCUUCACCUCCUCAUCCAUCCUUCACCUCCUCCUCCAUCCUUCACCUCCUCAUCCAUCCUUCACCUCCUCCUCCAUCCUUCACCUCCUCCAUCCAUCCUUCACCUCCUCCAUCCAUCCUUCACCUCCUCACUCCUCCAUCCAUCCUUCACCUCCUCCAUCCAUCCUUCACCUCCUCACUCCAUCCUUCACCUCCUCAUCCAUCCUUCACCUCCUCCAUCCAUCCUUCACCUCCUCCAUCCAUCCUUCACCUCCUCCAUCCUCCAUCCAUCCUUCACCUUCACCUCCCUCCAUCCUUCACCUCCAUCCAUCCUUCACCUCCUCCUACCUCCAUCCUUCACCUCCUCACUCCUCAUCCAUCCUUCACCUCCUCCAUCCUUCACCUCCUCAUCCAUCCUUCACCUCCUCCAUCCAUCCUCCUCCUCACCUCCUCCACCAUCCUUCUCCUCACUCCAUCCUUCACCUCCUCAUCCAUCCUUCACUCCUCCAUCCAUCCUCACCUCCUCACUCCAUCCUUACCUCCUCUCUCCAUCCAUCUCACCUCCUCCAUCCAUCCUUCACCUCCUCACUCCAUCCUUCACCUCCUCACUCCAUCCUUCACCUCCUCCAUCCAUCCUUCACCUCCUCACUCCAUCCUUCACCUCCUCACUCCUCCAUCCAUCCUUCACCUCCUCCAUAUAUCCUUCAUCCUCCUCACUCCUCCAUCCAUCCUUCACCUCCUCACUCCAUCCUUCACCUCCUCCAUCCUUCACCUCCUCUCCAUCCUUCACCUCCUCCAUCCAUCCUUCACCUCCUCAUCCAUCCUUCCCUCCUCACUCCAUCCUUCACCUCCCUUCACCUCCUCUCCAUCCUUCACCUCCUCCAUCCAUCCUUCACCUCCUCACUCCAUCCUUUCACCUCCUCCAUCCACUCCUUCACCUUCCUCAUCCAUCCUUCAUCCUUCCAUCCAUCCUUCCCUCCUCCUCCAUCCUUCACCUCCUCAUCCAUCCUUCACCUCCUCACUCCAUCCUUACCUCCUCACUCCUCCAUCCAUCCUUCACCUCCUCCAUCCAUCCUUCACCUCCUCACUCCAUCCUUGACCUCCUCACUCCUCCAUCCAUCCUUCACCUCCUCCAUCCAUCCUUCACCUCCUCACUCCAUCCUUCACCUCCUCACUCCUCCAUCCAUCCUUCACCUCCUCCAUCCAUCCUUCACCUCCUCACUCCUCCAUCCAUCCUUCACCUCCUCCAUCCAUCCUUCACCUCCUCACUCCAUCCUUCACCUCCUCUGUCCAUCCUUCACCUCCUCACUCCAUCCUUCACCUCCUCCAUCCAUCCUUCACCUCCUCCAUCCAUCCUUCACCUCCUCCAUCCAUCCUUCACCUCCUCACUCCAUCCUUCACCUCCUCCAUCCAUCCUUCACCUCCUCCAUCCAUCCUUCACCUCCUCCAUCCAUCCUUCACCUCCUCCAUCCAUCCUUCACCUCCUCCAUCCAUCCUUCACCUCCUCACUCCAUCCUUCACCUCCUCACUCCAUCCUUCACCUCCUCACUCCAUCCUUCACCUCCUCCAUCCAUCCUUCACCUCCUCACUCCAUCCUUCACCUCCUCACUCCUCCAUCCAUCCUUCACCUCCUCCAUCCAUCCUUCACCUCCUCACUCCAUCCUUCACCUCCUCACUCCAUCCUUCACCUCCUCACUCCAUCCUUCACCUCCUCACUCCUCCAUCCAUCCUUCACCUCCUCACUCCAUCCUUCACCUCCUCACUCCAUCUUUCACCUCCUCCAUCCAUCCUUCACCUCCUCACUCCUCCAUCCAUCCUUCACCUCCUCACUCCAUCCUUCACCUCCUCUGUCCAUCCUUCACCUCCUCACUCCAUCCUUCACCUCAUCCAUCCAUCCUUCCCCUCCUCCAUCCAUCCUUCACCUCCUCACUCCAUCCUUCACCUCCUCACUCCAUCCUUCACCUCCUGACUCCAUCCUUUACCUCCUCACUCCAUCCUUCACCUCCUCCAUCCAUCCUUCACCUCCUCACUCCAUCCUUCACCUCCUCCAUCCAUCCUUCACCUCCUCCAUCCAUCCUUCACCUCCUCACUCCUCCAUCCAUCCUUCACCUCCUCACUCCAUCCUUCACCUCCUCCAUCCAUCCUUCACCUCCUCACUCCAUCCUUCACCUCCUCACUCCUCCAUCCAUCCUUCACCUCCUCCAUCCAUCCUUCACCUCCUCACUCCUCCAUCCAUCCUUCACCUCCUCCAUCCAUCCUUCACCUCCUCCAUCCAUCCUUCACCUCCUCCAUCCAUCCUUCACCUCCUCCAUCCAUCCUUCACCUCCUCACUCCAUCCUUCACCUCCUCCAUCCAUCCUUCAUCUCCUCCAACCAUCCUUCACCUCCUCACUCCAUCCUUCACCUCCUAUCUCCUCCAUCCAUCCUUCACCUCCUCACUCCAUCCUUCACCUCCUCACUCCAUCCUUCACCUCCUCACUCCUCCAUCCAUCCUUGACCUCCUCCAUCCAUCCUUCACCUCCUCACUCCUCCAUCCAUCCUUCACCUCCUCACUCCAUCCUUCACCUCCUCCAUCCAUCCUUCACCUCCUCACUCCAUCCUUCACCUCCUCACUCCUCCAUCCAUCCUUCACCUCCUCCAUCCAUCCUUCACCUCCUCACUCCUCCAUCCAUCCUUCACCUCCUCUGUCCAUCCUUCACCUCCUUACUCCAUCCUUCACCUCCUCCAUCCAUCCUUGACCUCCUCACUCCAUCCUUUACCUCCUCUGUCCAUCCUUCACCUCCUCCAUCCAUCCUUUACCUCCUCCAUCCAUCCUUCACCUCCUCCAUCCAUCCUUCACCUCCUGACUCCAUCCUUCACCUCCUCCAUCCAUCCUUUACCUCCUCACUCCAUCCUUCACCUCCCCAUCCAUCCUUCACCUCCUCCAUCCAUCCUUAACCUCCUCACUCCUCCAUCCAUCCUUCGCCUCUCUCCAUCCUUCACCUCCUCACUCCAUCCUUCACCUCCUCCAUCCAUCCUUCACCUCCUCACUCCUCCAUCCAUCCUUCACCUCCUCUAUCCAUCCUUCACCUCCUCACUCCAUCCUUCACCUCCUAUCUCCUCGUUCCAUCCUUCACCCUCUCUCUUGUUGCCGUGGUUACUCACCCGCUCCUCCCACCUGUGCAGGUGGACUGUGUGGGCGUGUGCGCGGACUCCUCCGCCGCCUCGGAGGCGAAGUUGUCGUCGUGGUUUCAGCGCGCUCAGACUCUGCAGCCGUGCGUCCUGCUGCUCAGGAACCUGCAGCUCCUCCUCCGGCCUCGAGGAGGCGGCGAAGAGGACGGCAGGCUGCAGGUGGCGCUCUGCCAGCUGCUGCACAGCGCCCCCUCCAGGUCGCUGAUGCACACAUGCAGUAUGAGAGAAGGUUUCUGCACAUGCUCAGUGAGCUGAGUAAUAUAACACCAUGCUGUUCCGUGUCUUUCAGCGUGGUCGUCGUAGCGACAGUCUGCAGACCGAGGGACCUGUCCUCAGGUGUCAUGGCGGCGUUUGUCCACCAGGUGAUGUUAGAAGGUCCCACUGAGGAGCAAAGACACGCCAUGCUGGUCCGCCUGAGCCAGAACCUGCAACUGGGCCGGGACGCCAACCUGGAGAGACUCGCCAAACUCACCGCGGUACGUCAGCGUGUCGGGAUCUGGACCGGACCAGUACAGACCACUACAAACCAGUACAGACCACUACAGACCACUACAGACCAGAACCAGCCAUCACAAACCAGAACAGACCACUACAGACCAGAACAGACCAGCACAGACCGCUACAGACCAGAACAGACCAGCACAGACCACUACAGACCAGCACAGACCACUACAGACCAGUACAGACCACUACAGAUCAGUACAGACCAGUACAGACCACUACAGAUCAGUACAGACCACUACAGACCACUACAGAUCAGUACAGACCACUACAGAUCAGUACAGACCACUACAGACCAGUACAGUCCACUACAGAUCAGUACAGACCAGCACAGACCACUACAGAUCAGUACAGACCACUACAGACCAGUACAGACCACUACAGAUCAGUACAGACCAGCACAGACCACUACAGAUCAGUACAGACCAGCACAGACCACUACAGAUCAGUACAGACCACUACAGACCAGAACAGACCAGCACAGACCAGUACAGACCACUACAGACCAGUACAGACCAGUACAGACCAGUACAGACCAGAACAGACCAGCACAGACCAGUACAGACCACUACAGAUCAGCACAGACCACUACAGAUCAGUACAGACCAGCACAGACCACUACGGACCAGCACAGACCAGUACUUACCACUACAGACCACUACAGACCAGUACAGACCACUACAGAUCAGCACAGACCAGUACAGACCAGUACAGACCAGAACAGACCAGCACAGACCAGUACAGACCACUACAGAUCAGAACAGACCAGCACAGACCAGCACAGACCACUACAGACCAGAACAGACAGUCCCGGUCCCACCUCACAAUAAAAAGAUGAUGUAAUAACUGGAUCACAAAGUCCGGUUCUUGGUUCCGGCUCAUGGUCAUGUGGUCGUCAGGUCGGCGCCGACGUUAACGGGUCUCGGGUUUUCACUCCUCAGGGUUUCCUGUUGGGGGAUCUCAGCGCUCUGAUGGUCGAAGCGGGACGAUCCGCCCGCCGGAGACUGAUCCAGACCUGGUGAGACCGGAGUCCAGAACUUCUCUGAUUCAAGAUCCAAUCUGAUCCGGUUCAAACCGGUUUACUCUGGACUCAAAGUGUGUGUGUGUGUGUGUGUGUGUGUGUGUGUGUAGUGUGGGACGGCAGGAGGCGGACCUGUGCUCCAUCGGGGUGACCCUCAUGAACCAGGACUUUAGCUCCGCCCUCCAAACGCUGCAGGACGCCCAAUCCACCGCCAUCGGAGCUCCCAAGGUCAGCAGACCCGGGUCCAGGACUCUGUGGUCCACUGAAGGGGGGGGCGGGUUGUUGAGUUAUUGUGCCCUCUAGUGGUGAAAGAGAAGACGGCUUUAGGUUGAAAUACUCCAGUAUCAACCCCACAGUUCGGCCGUUUCCGAACUCUCCUCCUCGCAGUUCGUCUCCAGUCGGCAGUCUGCGAACAAACGUGAAAUUUACAGUUCGACAAAAAUACCCGAAUGACGAAUUCAGGAAAAUUUCACAGUCUGUAUCGGACCGGUCUGCGUACUUAUCAGAGGGAAAUAAGACCACGCCACGCCGGCGCCAUCAGUGAAGACGUUUAGAAGUCGUUUUCUUGUUCUCCUCAAAGUUUGUGUUUCUCAGAUCAGGUCUUUGAAGGUCUUUGUCGGACCCUUUAUGGUGGUUUUGGCUUCAUAGUCCUGCCCUGCUGGUUUAAGUGAGACCUGUUAGAUACGGGUUCUGUAGAAUCCGGACUUUAUGGAGACAGGUGGACAGGAGCAGCUGGAGCAGGUCUGAACCUCACCUGUCUCUGUUUGAUCAGAUCCCUGACGUACGCUGGGAGGACGUUGGAGGUCUGCAGAGGGUGAAGAAGGAGAUCCUGGACACGGUGCAGCUCCCUCUGCAGCGUCCGGAGCUCCGGGCUCUGGGUCUGAACCGGACCGGAGUCCUGCUGUACGGGCCUCCAGGGACCGGAAAGACUCUGCUGGCCAAAGCUGUGGCUACAGAGUGCUCCAUGACCUUCCUCAGGUAAGAACACCUUCAGCUUCAUCCAGACCGUCAGAGGGUCCAGGAAACAGGUCUAGACCGUGGAGGUAAAACCAAACCCGGUCAGAACCCGCAGAAGAAGACUGAUCCAGAACUGUGUUUGUGUUCCCAGCGUCAAAGGUCCAGAGCUGAUCAACAUGUACGUGGGUCAGAGUGAGGAGAACAUCCGAGAAGGUCUGUGUCCUCCUCCUCUUCAUCCUGAUAUUACACAACCUGAAACAGUCUCUUGACUUUGGGGGCGGAGUCUGGGGCAGCCAAUCAGAUCUAGAGUACAGUAAUUCUGCGGUCACCCAUUGGACCCCCUGACUCGGGUUGGGCAUCGGGUCUCGAUGGGAACCGGGACUUACAUCCCGAUUCUCCUGGAACCGUUCAAAUUUUAGAAUUCCGAUUCCAAGUUUCAGCGCCGGAGUCCGCCGACCAGAAGAAGAACCCGCCGAACACCAACGAAGAAGAAGCAGAACACCAACGAGGAAGAAGCGUAUGAGACGAAGCCACAGAGAGAAAGAGUGCAUUCCAACCCACAGCGGCGGCGGCUUCUUCUUCUUCGUUGGUGAAAAGUUAAACUCUUCUCUCAGAGCAACAUUAGAAACUCAGUUCUAUCCUGUAAAAACGACUGACAAGAUUAAACACUCAGGAUUCAUGGAGGAGAAACACCCGAGUGUCCGUCUUUGACGUUCUUCGCCGCUCCUCCGCCAACCAAUCAGAACCAGAUAAAGUGAAACGAUAAAUGAUCUUCUGUCCUCCGCUGACUUUGGAGCGGAGCGUCGACUUAAACAUCCGACUGACGUGAGUCUGUGAGCUUCUUCACCGACUAACGACCUGAAAACAAAAACAGAGAAAUUCAGAGUAACGUUUUUAAAAAGUUAAAAUAAUUAAAAAUUCCUGGAGAAGUUCAGAAACUUUGAUCAAAGAAGAAGAACUCGGGUUAACGGCCUCAUCUGAACCGUGUUUGUUUUUAUAUCCUGACUUUUAAAGAAUCGAUCAGAACCAGAAUCAAAACUCGGAAUCAGGAUCGUUCAAAAUCAAACAAUGCCCAACCCGACCUUGACCUCUGAUGAGAGGGUCCAACAGGACCAUGAGGACCUGAAAACGGACCCUAAAGAUCUGUAAAAACCCGCGGACGGUUUCAGCAGCGGUAAAGUCAAAGGUCAUUUUGACAGCGCCGUGUUUCGGCGAGUUUUAGUAACACAGAGCGCUGCCGGUUCUUCCUCUGAGGCCUUCGUUUCAGUCGGUCCGUUUCAUAAAGUUCAGACUGGUCCACACAGAACCAGGCUCCUCCCCUUUUUGUUCUAGUCUUUAAGCUCAGACCUCAGUGAAGGUCAUGGAGAUCUUCAGGGGGGUCAGGGAGGUCCUCCAGGUUUAGGAUAAACCCUGACCCGGUCUGUCUGAUGUUUGUGUUCAGUGUUCGACAGAGCGCGCUCAGCCGCUCCCUGCGUGGUCUUCUUCGAUGAGCUGGACUCUCUGGCCCCCAGCAGGGGGCGCAGUGGAGACUCAGGAGGGGUGAUGGACAGGUGAGGUUUGUCUCCCGUUCCUCCGGUUCCUCGUCUUUGUUAGAUCUCCUCGACAAACGAUUAAAACAACUUUAAACUCUUUAAAUCAAAUAAAAAUACUAAAGAAAAAAACAACUGUGUGUGUGUGUGUGUGUGUGUGUGUGUGUGUGUGUGUGUGUGUGUGUGUGUGUGUGUGUGUGUGUGUGUGUGUGUCUGUGUGUGUGUGUGUGUGUGUGUGUGUGUGUGUGUGUCUGUGUGUGUGUGUGUGUGUCUGUGUGUGUGUGUGUGUGUGUGUGUGUGUGUGUGUGUGUGUGUGUGUGUGUGUGUGUGUGUGUGUGUGUGUGUGUGUGUGUCUGUGUGUGCGUGUGUGUGUGUCUGUGUGUGUGUGUGCGUCUGUGUGUGUGUGUGUGUGUGUGUGUGUGUGUGUGUCUGUGUGUGUGUGUGUGUGUCUGUGUGUGUGUGUGUGUGUGUGUGUCUGUGUGUGUGUGUGUGUCUGUGUGUGUGUGUGUGUGUGUGUGUGUGUGUGUGCGUCUGUGUGUGUGUGUGUGUGUGUGUGUGUGUGUGUGUGUCUGUGUGUGCGUGUGUGUGUGUCUGUGUGUGUGUGUGUAUGGUGUCUGUGUGUGUGUGUGUGUGUCUGUGUGUGUGUGUGUGUGUGUGUGUGUGUGUGUGUGUGUGUGUGUGUGUGUGUGUGGUGUGUGUGUGUGUGUGUGUGUGUGUGUGUGUGUGUGUGUGUGUGUGUGUGUGUGUGUGUGUGUGUGUGUGUGUGUGUGUGUGUGUGUGUGUAUGUGUGUGUGUGUGUCUGUGUGUGUGUGUGUAUGUGUGUCUGUGUGUGUGUGUGUGUCUGUCUGUGUGUGUGUGUCUGUGUGUGUGUGUGUGUGUGUGUGUGUGUGUGCGUGUGUGUGUGUCUGUGUGUGUGUGUGUGUCUGUGUGUGUGUGUGUGUGUGUGUGUGUGUGUCUGUGUGUGUGUGUGUGUGUCUGUGUGUGUGUGUGUGUGUGUGUGUGUGUGUGUGUGUGUGUGUGUGUGUGUGUGUGAGUGUCUGUGUGUGUGUGUGUGAGUGUCUGUGUGAGUGUCUGUGUGUGUGUCUGUGUGUGUGUGUGUGUGUGUGUGUGUGUCUGUGUGUGUGUCUGUGUGUGUGUGUGUGUGUGUGUGUGUCUGUGUGUGUGUGUGUUCAGGGUGGUGUCUCAGCUGCUGGCUGAACUCGACUCUCUUCCCUCUUCUGUCGGAGUUUUCGUCAUCGGAGCCACGAACAGACCGGACCUGCUCGACCAAUCACUGCUGAGGCCUGGGAGGUCAGAGGUCUCUCUCUCUCUCUCACACACACACUCUCACACACACACACACACACACACACUCAGCGGUCUAACUCCUUGUGUGUCCUCAGGUUCGAUAAGCUGGUGUAUGUCGGCAUAAAUGAGGACAGAGAGUCUCAGCUGCAGGUUCUUCAGGCCGUCCUCAGAAAGUAAGAGCAGCGCCCCCUGCUGGACUGUAGCUCACUCUUUCUAUUUCUGCUCAGUUCAAAACUUUCACUCUCACCUGACUCUGACCAAUCACCUUCGAUUUAAAGAUCCAGACUUGAUCCAUAAAUGAGACGCCAGCGCGGGCGUCCUCAGAAAGUAAGAGCAGCGCACCCCUGCUGGAGAAAGCUCACUCUUUCUAUUUCUGCUCAGUGUCAAAACUUUCACUCUCACCUGACUCUGACCAAUCACCUUCGAAAAGAUCCAGACUUGAUCCAAGCCAACUCAAAAAGUUCGUCGUUCUUAUUCUGUCGUUUUUUACUCAUUAAAGGAGGUUUUCAGCUCUUAAAAUUAAGUAAAAAAAACCUUAUUAACGCUCUUCAAAAACACAAUAAAACAGCUUGAAACAUUUAAAAACAGUAAAAAAAAAAAACAGUUUAAACUGUUUAAAAGAUUUACUGAAUUUAAUCACAAACACACCUGCUGAGAGUUUUCGACACUCAUAAUCACGCUCCUUUUUUUAUGUGAAGAUCGAUUUUAUCCUGUUACUUUACAAGCCAAAAAAACCCUUACUGGAGCUUUAAUUUAGUUUCCUGCGAUCACCUUCAGUUCGAUGAAACCCGACACAGACGCCUCUAAAUCAUAUAUGACAUAAAACCCGUGUGUGAAGUGUAACCCGCUUUGCCUUCAGGUUCCAGUUGGACUCAUCGGUGAAGCUGCAGGAAGUGGUGAAUGGAUGCCCCGCCCACAUGAGUGGAGCCGACCUGUACGCUCUGUGUUCAGACGCCAUGACCGCAGCCAUAAAGAGGAAGAUCUCGCUCAUCAACAGCGGUAAGAAAAGUGUCCCACAGAGGCGGCUGGACGGUUUCAGGGUCUGAACUUAGUGUUUGAAAAAGUCCGUCAGUUUAAGGUCACUUUGAUUUCAGAACCAGAACCAGAACCAGAACACUUUACACUUGAAAAUAUCAACGUUAGUAGAAGGAGAAUAAAAAUAGAAUAAAAGGAGAAUAAAAAUGUCAGAAAUGAACCGUUUUAUUCCACUUCUAUAGAGAUCUCACAACUUUAUUUAGCUUCUUUAGACACCCUUCCAACUCCUGUAGGGGGCAGCACAUCAACACGCCUCAGGUUGGCAGUAUGAAGUAUUGAUUAUUGUUUUUGGUUGUUUUCAUAGUUAUGUAUAACAGAAUAAAGUAUGAUCAAAUAUUUAAGUAGAGUAUGUUAAAAAUGUCAGUAUAAUAUGAUUAAAAUAUCGUAGUAUAGUAGUGUAGAAGUAUUGUAAAUUAUGAUACAAAUGUCCCAGUAUAGUGUGACAAAAAUACCUUCAAUUAUAAAAAAGAUGUCAUAGUUUAGUUUGGUAAAAAAAAAACAGAGUUAGGUUUUAUAAAAUAUAAGAGUUUGUUAUAAACAUUAAAGAAUAUGACAUGAUAUGAUAGAAGAAUCAUAUAUUAUGGGAACAAUGUCACAGUAAAGUUUAGUAGGAAUCACAGUAAAUGUAUGAUAAAAAAGUCACAUUAUAUUACACUUAAAAUGUUACAGAAUAGAAUUAUAAAAAUAAAGUUUCAUCAAAUUAUUUUAGUAUUGUUUGAUUAAAUUUUAAUAGACGAGGUAGGAUGAUAAAAAAAACAUAAUAAUACAGUACGGAAAAAGUCUCAUGUUAUAGUAUAAAAUAAUUAACUGUAUAGUGGUAUGAUAUAAAAUUAAGUAUAGUUUAAUCAGCAUGUCAUAGUAUAGUAUGAUAAAAAUACUGUUUAAAUGUACAUUACUCCGUUUAUCGUAGUAGCCUAUAAAAAACAGAGUUAUUAUUUACAGUUUAACAGAGUAUUAUACAGUUAAUCAGAGUAUUGUCCAGAGUUUUUAUUCAUAUUCAAACAGAGUAUUGUACAGUUAAACAGAGUAAUAUUUGUUUAAACAGAGUAUUGUACAGUUAAACAGAGUAAUAUUCGUUUAAACAGAGUAUUGUGAAUUUAAACACGGCGUCGCUGGAUUUAGGGGGAUGUUUCGCUCGUGAACGUGCUCCUAGGUUUUACCAGCAGGUUAUGGAGCAGGUGGAGGAUGCUGUCCAAGGUUACAUGAAGCUUUGACAACAUCCUUUUGGACAGGGUUUAGUUUUUCCACAGCUGUGGUGGAUCCUUGUCAGUCUCAGUCAUUCAGUAACCCUCUCUUUGUCUCUGGGUCUCAGGUCUGGACUCAGAGGACUCUCCAGUCCUCCUCUCCUCUGAAGAUUUCUCUGCAGCGUUGGAAAACUUCCAGCCGUCUGUUUCAGAGCAGGAGCUGCUGCGAUACAGAAACAUGCAAGAGAAACUCACUGUGAAGUAG